AGGGCAAAAUGAUUCGAGGCCUGGUGAUUCUUGUUUUGGCCCUGGCCAACACUUGGGCAACGGACUACAACGCUCUGAUUGACGAUGAGGGCAUCUACGUGAAGUGCUCAGAAGCCCCAGCCGGUACCCUUGGUCCCCGCGAUGUAUUUAACAUUGACAAUAUGGUGAUGCAUAUGGAACCAGAAGGCAUUUACGUAUCGGGGAAUAUGACCGUUAAACUCAACUUUCUACCCUCCGAUCGCAUUUCCGCUAGGUUCAGCGUGAUGCACUAUGAACGUGGUAGUUGGCAACCCACAAUGUUCAACCUUCACUCCCCGAACUUUUGUGAGGUGAUGUUUGACGAAGAUCAAUACUGGUUCAAGUAUUGGUUCAGAUAUAUACGAAACAAAGAGGAGAUUCGAGAAAAAUGCUUGAAAGUGAAAGAUACCGUGCUAGUGUAUGAUGAGUUCUUGAUGGUCCUGCACCUAGAAAAUGUCAAUACCUCAAACUUACAGGGGCGCUACAAGGCGGUGAUUACUCUGGAGGCUUUCGAUGAACAUAAUGUGCGACGACCAUCAUCCCUCUGCGUUGAAAUAAGAGGCGACCUUGAGAGGGUUACCUAGUUACACAAUUUUGUAUAACCUUACACACUUUUGUUGUAUGUUUUUCUAAUAAUCUUACAAUUUAAUAAUCAUACACUUAUGUGGCAGAAAAGC